AUGCUCACCAAGUACUUGACAACAGCCGCCGCUGCUAUUCUUUCCACGGUGGCCGCUGCCUCCUCUUCCUCCUCCUCUUCUGCUUCGAAGUCAUCAUCAUCAUCCUCAUCCUCAUCCUCAUCCUCUUCUUCCUCCUCCUUGCCAGCGAUUGAAAUUGUUGGUAACAAGUUCUUCUACUCUAACAAUGGCUCCCAAUUCUUCAUCAAGGGUGUCGCUUAUCAAGCCGACUCCGUCAACUCUAGUGACACUUCUAGUUUCGUGGAUCCUUUGGCCGACUCUGACUCCUGUUCUCGUGACAUCCCAUACUUGGCUGCCCUUGGUACCAACACCAUUCGUGUCUACGCUGUCAACACCAGUCUUGACCACUCUGACUGUAUGAAUGCCUUGGCUGAUGCCGGCAUCUAUGUCAUUGCCGAUCUUGGUGAACCAGAUCUCUCCAUCGAUAGAGAUGACCCAGAAUGGGACUUAGACUUGUACGAAAGAUACACCAGUGUUGUUGACUUGUUCUCUGGCUACACUAAUGUCUUGGGUUUCUUUGCUGGUAACGAAGUCACUAACAACAAGUCCAACACCGACGCCUCUGCUUACGUUAAAGCUGCUAUCAGAGAUACCAAGUCUUACAUCAAGGCCCAAAACUACAGAACUAUCCCAGUUGGUUACUCUUCUAACGAUGACUCUGACACCAGAGUCCCAAUGGCUGAUUAUUUCGCUUGUGGUGAUUCCGAUUCCGCUGCUGACUUUUACGGUAUCAACAUGUACGAAUGGUGUGGUGACUCUACUUUCAAGACUUCUGGUUACCAAGCUAGAACUCAAGAAUUUGAAAACUUGACCAUUCCAAUCUUCUUCUCCGAAUACGGUUGUAACACUGAAGGUAACAGAACUUUCGAAGAAGUCCAAUCUCUUUACGGUUCUGACAUGGACGACAUCUGGUCCGGUGGUAUUGUUUACAUGUAUUUCGAAGAAGCUAACGAUUACGGUCUUGUUUCUAUUGAUGGUAACAAUGUCGUUACUUACGAUGACUACAACAACUUGAAGUCCCAACUCGCCAAGAUCUCUCCAUCUAGUGCUAGCACUGGUGACGUUAGUACCAGCUCUGGUACUUUUGCUUGUCCAGCCACUAACACUAACUGGAUGGCGGCCACUUCUUUGCCACCAACCCCAAGUGAAUCUACUUGUGAAUGUCUUUAUAACGCCCUUUCUUGUGUUGUUGACGACAGUGUUGAUUCUACUGAUUAUGCUGAUUUGUUCAGUUAUGUCUGUGCCAAGAUUGACUGCAGUGAAAUCAAUGGUAACGGUACUUCUGGUGUUUACGGUAACUACUCUUACUGUUCUGCUAAGGACAUGUUGUCUUGGGCUUUGAACGCUUACUACGUUAAAAACGGUGCUGCAAAGUCUGAUUGUUCUUUCGGUGGUUCUGCUUCUAUUAAAUCUGCUACUUCUGGUUCUUGUAGUGCUGUUACAACCGGUAGCUCUUCCUCCUCUUCCGGUACUUCCAAAUCUUCUUCUUCCAGUAGCUCUAAGUCCUCUUCUUCUUCUUCUAGCUCUGGUAAAUCUAGUGCUGGUCACAGAAUUGCUGCUCCAAUUGCUUUCACUGCUGCUGAAGUUGGUAUGGGUGCCAUGUUGUUGGCCUCUUUUGCUGGUGGUUUGACCUUUGUUUUGUUCUAA